AUGGGAUGGGUUUGGAGCGACGACAACGACGACGAUUCUCAGCGCAACAUCUCUUCAGGUUCCGACGAACAUAGCUCCACCAGAAAAAUCGUGAAAUCGCAGUGCAGAACGGAAGAGGUUGAACCUGGAAAGUUCGUUAGGAAAUGCGAGAAAACCGAAGAGCUUCUCAGAACUUGCGCUGGAAGGCCUGCUGAAGUGCUUCAAUCAAACAAAGAGUACACUGAAGAAGAUAUCACUAAUGAGGUACUUAGAGGAAGAUCUACCACAUUUGACUCUUCAAACAGCUCACCAGACCAUGGUAUGUUCUUCCCUGGGCUACGAAAUGAUAUUGAAAACAUGGAACGCAACUUUUUCUUUGGUGGUAUCAAUCGCUUAUUUGAAGCAGCUGAAGAAAUGAAAAACGGCCUUUUUGAUGUUAUUGCAAAGGCAGAGUCAUCAUCUUCAUCCCCUACAAGGAGAGGGAUACCCAUUGAAGAGUAUGGCCGACAAGAAACUCGUCCUAGAUCCAUGGAUAUGGAAUCGGGGGAUACUGAUUUCACUGGAUUGGCGAAAGACGUUUAA